UGGUUUGAAAACGGCUUUCAAAUCCUCUGCGCGGGGAGACGCGUCGCAUGCUUUUAACAGUUUGAAAAUCGAACACUUGUACAUGAAAACGAGCAAACCAAGUAGAAAAUAAAGCGGUUGGAACUUUAUUUGGGUUUCAUCAAGAAGGUUAUUCUAAUAGCGUCCCUAACGCUGGGGAAAUGAAGUGUUUGACGGCCGAUGAAUACAUGCGGCGGACCGCCUCUUCCACAGAGACUAGGCUCUUGGUCGAAGAAGUCGAGAGUUAUGUCCGAGGCGGAGCGGGGACCCAAGGUCGCACCAUCUGUGACCGGAUCAUCAGAGCCUGUAAUCAUCAGCUUGGGGUGGGACCCCCUUGCCUGGAGCACAUCAGCAGCCUUGUCCGGCUGGUGGAGGCGGCUCUCUGUGGGUAUGAUGCGUCUGGCGCCAACAUGGCUCAGAGAAGCCCUCUGUACAUGGAGAAGAUCGUCUUCCACAUCGUGAAGAAGCUCAGCUCUCUGGGAGCACAGGGUCCGUGUAGUCACCUGGGGGGUCUGCUUCGCAGCAGGCUUCUUCCACCGCAACAAACUGAAGACUACACUGGUUUGGUGCGCACCUGUUUUGCUGUUUUAUGGAAUGGACUCGCCGCAGCGAAAGACGACACUACGCUGAAUCCCAAAGACAGGCUGAACGGCCAAAUGCAAUCUCUGCAGUUCCUCCUCCUCUUGGAUAGCAGCGGCACAGCGCCCCUUUCCUGCUCCAAAGGCGCAGAAGACGCCUUCGCCACGUUUCAAAAGGCCCGUGGAACACUGACCACCGACGACGGCUCCUUCGUUCUCCGAGAAACACUGUCUUUCUUCCAUGGCUGUUGGCGCAGCGGUCAGUGUGGGAGUGGGGAGUUCAUGGGGCACACCAGCCUACCCGCUCUCACCAAGGUGGUCCUCGCCGCCACUAAGCUGCUCUGCAAGGCCGGCUGCUCGCCACUUGUGUCCGGUCUGUUGGACGAGGUGGAGGGCGCGGUCGGGCGCUGUGCCGACUGCCGGCCCCGCCUGCUGCCCCUGGCGCUCGCUAGAUGGGCUGUAAAGGUUCAUGCUGCUAAAGACCUCGCCGAGGAGAGAGGCAAGGCGUUCACAGAAUGUGCCCGGGCCCUGAGGUCUCUCUCGGGCCCCCAGGAGCCCCAGCAGACCCAGGCCGUCCUGGAGGGCUGCGGUCUGGUGUUUUGGGCUGUGGAGGCCGGGCACUGCAGCAAGCUCCCUGCCCCCGUGCUCCUGGCCUGGUUCUCCUUCCUUGAGGAGCACCAGGAGCUCAUCAUCAAAGCACUGCAGAAGAACGAGGCGUCCCAGACGGAGCAGAAGGGAAUGCAGCAGGCGCUCUGCUUCAGCAUGUGUCACGGCUUCCUGUUUGCCUACGACAGCUUGCUGGACUCACAGCUGGAGGAGGGAGAGGCCCUGGACAGAGUGCUGCUGUACUGUCAGGCUGCGACAGGGCGACUGAUGCUGGAGCUACGCAAGGUGACCAACCAGGACCUUUACGUCAAAGCAGUGACGGACGUGAGCAAACUGGUGUGUGGGCUCCACAACCGCCGGUUGUACGAGCAGGCCUUCACGCUGGUGGAGAUCUUGUGCCAGGAGCUGCGCAGGAACAGCCCUGCAGCUCUGUCCAUGAACGCAUUCAGCCUGCCCUUCAGGCUGGCCGUGCAGAGCUCCCGGCGCUGUGGGCGCCUGGAGCGAGCACUGGACUGGGUCAUGGUGUGGCUGAAGGCCCUGGGGCCUGCCGUGCUGGCCCAGAUGGCGGAGCCCGUCUCGCUGUGGGUCCGCACCAAGGCGGAAGCGGCCCGUGCGGGAGAGGAGGACCUCCGCCUCAGGACUCUUCGCGACGGCUUCGGGCCCGACCUCCCCGACGAGGACGUCCUGCUGGGCCUGCUGACGGAGGAGCUGCGGGCCUACAGAGAGCUGCCGGCCGACACCAGCCAGGAGCGCUACAACACCCUGUGUGACCUGCUGGAGCUCUGCCACGAGGACAGCGCCCACCUCCACCUGCGGGCCGUGUACCUGGGGGAGAUGGCCCGCGUGGUGUGCUUCCAGGACUUCAAGGAGCAGACGGACUGCCUGGCGGUGGACUUUACCCAUGAGGCUUUGCGGUUGCUGGAGGAGGAGCCAGAGACGGCUGACAACGCGGCGCGGUUGAAGGACGACAAAGCCCAGGUCCUGCUGUGGCUCUACAUCUGCACCCUGGAGAAGAACCUGCAGACGGCCAUCGAAAAGGACAAGAAACGGCAGGAGCUGCGAGAUAAGACCCAGUGUGUGGCCAAUCCCACGACCAACGACAUGGACUACGAGGACAAGCAGAAGACCCAGGACAGCAGCCUGGUCUACGAGGGCCUGUUCUUCGACCUGGCAGCAGAAAGCAAGUUCUGCCAGCCCUUGGAGAGAGCCCUGGACAUCUGGUCUUCUCUCCUGCAGAGCGAUGUCCUGUCAGAGCUCCGCUGUCCCAAGCAGAGCUACAGCUCCAUCAGUCUGACCGCCGCCCUCUUCCGACUCAUGGGGAAGCCGCUGAAGGCUCUGGAAGCCUACCAGCUCUCCUUGGACCUGGCCCGUCGCCUUGACGACGCUAAAGGAUGUGCCGGGUCGCUGUGCCACUCGGCCCGCCUCCUGCUGGACCUGGGCUGUCCUGAACUGGCCGAGGGUCUGCUGGGGGAGGCGGAGCCGUACCUGAGCUUCGAGGGCCCUCCUGAAGAGCCCUGUCCCCUGGCGCUGUACGCUGUCCUGCUCAGGGCCCAGUGCUGCUACAGUACAGGACAGGUGGAGCGCGGCGUGCCCUUCCUGUGUGAGGUGCUCCAGGAGGUGAACGAGCAGAGGCAAUCCAAGAGCUGGUACCUGCUGCGGGCCCAGGCGCUCCAGGCCUGCAGCUCCUACCUGGGCCUGGACGCCGGAGCCCUGCCCGCCGCCCUACGGCAGCAGAUCCACCAGCAUGGGUUCAAGAGCGCCGACACGGCGAUGCACGGAGCGCUGAAGCUGCUGGCCAGCCUGCUGGUGACCCUGGUGGGGAACGGGCUGUACAUGAGCAUCAGCGGCACCGCGGAAACACGUUUCGUAGACCAAGGGGAGAACCUGUCUCUGAAGUGGCUGGUGCUCUCCGAGCUGCAGGGCUGCUCGCUGAAGAUGGUGGAGGUGAGGAGCCGGAGCGGGUCCGUGCACGACGCCAAGCUGCUGCUCCUGGAGGCCCUGGAGAUGUCCGCCAAGCUGCAGGCCGUCAGCCACUGCGCGGAGCUCCUGGUGGUGAAGGCGGAGCUGGAGAUGAUGAAGGGCGAGCAGGAGCAGAGUGGGUUCGACCUGGACAGAGUGAAGAACCUUCUGGAGCUCUGUAUGGACGUCGCCCCCCCCGAGCAGAAGACGGAUGUGAAGAUCAAACCCAGGAAGGGCCGUCCGGCCGCCAAGGCCCCGGCCCCGAUCCCGAGCCCGGAUGAGGACUACAGCGGGCUCCUCAGCACCCGGUGGUUCACCAAGGAGACCGCGGAGCAGGACCAGGGCAGCUCCCCGCCCCUGAAGGCCCAGCCCCGCCGCUGGCUCUCCUCCCUGGCCCACGCGGCGGGCUGCCGCUGCCCCUGCUGCGGCACGCCCAGCCUGGGGCGCGUCACGGCGCGCUGGGCCGUCGCCCAGGCCGACCUGGCCCUCCUGCUGGAGCCCGGUGACGGGCGCGUCAGCCGGAUCCUGCACCGCACCGCGCUCACCCGCUGCCGGAGCGUCACGGAGAAGCUCUCGGCCCGGCUGGCCGCGCUGUUCCCCUCGCCGGGCCCCGCGGAGCCCGGCCUGAUGCUGGACGUGGUCGGUCGCACCUACCUCAGCAUGGCCCUGGCCGGCCUCGGGCCCCGGCUGGACCCGGUCCAGGACGUGUGGGACAUCAUGGAGGCCGGCCUUGCCUUUGUCAGUGUGAGUCCCUCCCCCGUGCUGAGGCCGGCGAGGGCCGGGCUGAUGGCCACCAAGGCCAUGGCGUCCCUUCUCACCCUGGCUGGGAAGAGGAACUGCAGCCCAGAAGAGCUCUUCUCCGGUGCAUGGACCUGGAAUCCGCCCAGAGACACAAAGAGGUCCGCACUGAGACCGUCGACCCCGCCUCCAGAAGGCCUGAAGAAGCCUAAGGACCCCGUCAGUACCCUUAAAGACUCUGCGCUUCCUACGAAGACGAAGGAGCCAAAGAAGACCAGCGCUCUGCUCCCUAGCGUCAAGGUGACCAGCUCCUCUUCCAGAGCCAAGUGUCUGCUCCCCAAAACUCCAGCUGCCGUCAGACCGUCGAGAGCCAGACCCGCGGGGACGGAGCUCAGCUCUUUCGCCUUUGACACGGAGGUCCCCACCGUGGUCUGUACCCCGGUCCCCAGGCCCCGUGCCGGGGCCCCCAGGGGACCGUCCAGGGCCUCUACUCGAACGCCGUUCCAAGUGUACGAGGAAGGGUCUCCGGAUCAAGAGAAGCCUCAGCCCGUCCCCGGCGCGCCCAGACGCACAAAGAAGUCCCGCUUCAAGGUGGACUUCAGUGACGAGAGUGACGCCGAGGAGGUGGAGCCCAAGGCGAAGGCCGCGGUGCCCAAGAAGCGCGCUACCGCCGCGGCCAGCAAGGCGGCAGGGCGGGGCCCCAGAGCGGCCCCUGAGACGCCCCUGCCGGAGGCCCCCGUCAAGAGGCCCGGCAGGAAAAAGACCACCGCUCAGCCUCAGCCUCCGUCCUCUUCUGAGGACGAGGCGGCCCGGCCCAGACGAGGCAGGAGGCCGCUGGCCGGGGGCGCCGAGGGCGAGCCGGAGAAGAUGAGGACCAUCGAGGAGGAGGAGAUGGCCGCAGCGGGGCUGGACCUCAGCAUGGAGGUCCUCCGGGGGUCUGACGCCGAGGACAACGCCGCCGCAAACGCAGACCUUGAGGUCCUCCGGAGGGACCGGUGUGGGGACCUGGAGAGGGUCAGUCGGUCCACGUUGCUCAGCCGACCAGGGCCUCUGAUGGGAGGUCUACCGGCCCACCUGGCUCCUUCAGACGCCCCCCCAGAGGACCUCUCCUUGGAGAGCGUCCAGUCUCUGCUGCGCACCGCCUGGCUGUCCCUGCAGCACCUCCCCUCCCCGGGCCUGUACCCCGCCCUGUGUGGCCUCCUGGCCCUGAGCCUGGGCCAGCUGGACGCCCCCGCCGCCGCCAUGCUCCACACGCACUCCCUGGGCGUGGCCCACCGCCACCACACGCUGAGGCACCUCGCCGUCCGCCUCAAGAAACUGAAGAAGGGUUCCAACGAGCUGACGGAGCGGCUGGCGUCUCUUCGCCUGGAGGAGAGCCCGGAGCCGCCUCUAGAGGGCAGGCUGGAGCAGCUGGAGCAGCUCUUCGGCUUCCCGGCCGCCUGUCCUGAGACCUUCCCCCGGCAGCAGAGCCAGGACUUCCUGCAGCAGGUGGAACGGCUGCCCUCAGGGCUGACGGUGUGCGUGCUGUCCCUGGUCGGGGUGCGGCCCGGGGAGGUGGGAGAGAGCCUGCUGCUGACCCGUCUGGAGAGAGGCGCCGCCCCCAUCACUGUCCACAUCCCCUCCUCCGGCCCGCAGCAGGGCGUCAGCGGGCUGGUCCAGGAGAUGGACCGCAUCCAUGCGGAGCAGAAGGUCGUCAGCUGGUUCUCAGAGAAGAACCGCUGGUGGGAGGGGCGCCGGGGGCUGGACGCACGGCUCAAGCGGGUCUUGAAGAGCAUGGAGGCGUUGCUGGGCUGCUGGAGGAGCAUGCUGCUCCCGCUCACCUCCGACACGGAGCUGUCGGUCCAGGUCCGGCGGCUGCAGGCCGUGAUGGCGGCCAGAGGUCUGGUGGCCAGUGAGGACAUGCUGAUGGUGUUUCUCUCCGCAGCUCCUCUGCUGAGUCCUGAAGACCUGCAGCUCUUCUCCCAGGGCCUGUCCUCCGCCUGGGACGGCUGCUGUGACGAGGUCCUCAAGGACGCCGUCUACCGCCUGGCGUCCCGGGCGGAACCCAAGGGUCACGUGGUUCUCAUCCUUGACAAGCACCUCCAGAAACUACCGUGGGAGUGCAUGCUGUGCCUGAGGCCUCGCUCGGUGACGAGGAUGCCGUCUCUACACUCCCUGCUGGGAGCCUGCCUUCAGAGAGAGUGGGACCCUCGGUGCAUCCUGGAGCAGGGGGUGGACCCCAAGCAGGUGUACUACGUGCUGAACCCCGACGCCAACCUGAGCAACACAGAGGACCGCUUCAAAGACCUGUUCAGCAGUCAGCGCGACUGGCAGGGCGUGUGUGGCGCCGUCCCUGACUCCGACCAGCUGCAGGAGGCGGUGGCCACCAAGGACCUCUACAUCUACGUGGGCCACGGCGCCGGCGUACGCUACCUGGAUGCACGGAGCCUCCUGAAGCAGGACCUGCGGGCGGCGGCCCUCCUGUUCGGCUGCAGCAGCGCCGCCCUGGCGGUGCGCGGUGACCUGGAGGGAACGGGCAUCAUCCUCCACUACCUCACGGCCGGCUGCCCCCUGGUGUUGGGGACCCUGUGGGACGUCACGGACCGGGACAUCGACCGCUUCACCACCGCCCUGCUGGAGUCCUGGCUGUCGGCCGGGUCCGGGGCCCCCCUCCUGGACUACAUGGGCCCCGCCCGCCAGGCCACGCAGCUCAGACACCUGGUCGGGGCUGCGCCCGUGGUGUACGGGCUCCCAGUGCACCUGAAAUAACCUCUGGUGGAGCAUUAGGCUGGUGAAUAGUGUACCAGUACACCAGAAAUAACCUCUCUGAUGGUUUAUUACAGUGGUGUUUAGUCUACCAGUAAACCUGAAAUUACCUCUGAUGCAAUAUUAGGGUGGUGUGUAUACUACCAAUACACCCUUAACGACCUCUCUGAUGCAGUAUUAGGGUGGUGUGUAUACUACCAAUACAUCCUUAACGACCUCUCUAAUGCAGUAUUAGGGUGGUGUGUAUACUACCAAUACACCCUUAACGACCUCUCUGAUGCAGUAUUAGGGUGGUGUUUAUACUACCAAUACAUCCUUAACGACCUCUCUGAUGCAGUAUUAGGGUGGGGUAUAAGUCUUCCCAUGAACCUGAAAUAACCUUUCUGAUCCAGGUUAUAUUUUAAUAUCUAAAAUUGUUUCUUGUGUAAUCCUAAACCGAUUUUUACAGAUUUUAUUUUUCAAUUCAAAUGCUAAUUUAUGGCAAUGUAUUUAUGUUAUUGGAUCUUUUUUAUUUCAGGAAUUGCAGGUUAUUCAAAUAUUAAAGCAUGCGUGUUGUAAAAUAAAAACUUCUGGAUUUUGAAUAAAGCUGUUCUGC